AACGAGCGAAGCGCGAGGUUUUCCGGAGCGCUCAAAAAAAUCUACUGAGCCGCGUGCGAAUGCGAGUGUGUGUGUCGAUGUGCGGGAGUGUGAGCGGAGAUAAUUAGCUGAGCGGCAUCGGCCAACUCCCAAAUCGAGAACAAUACGAGCGAAAACAACGCAAAAUGCAUUAGCUAGCGACAAUUGCGCGGAAUGCAGGCUUUUGUGCAAUAAUUAUUUUGUGGCGAUUUGUCGUUACCCCAGUCGUUCGUAGAAAUCUGUAACGAAAUCAGAAAUCAGAAGCGAAAUGCUUGUGUUGGCGGCAUUGUGAAAACGAAAUCGAAACUCAACUACGUGUUGCGCUUUUUCUGUUGCCUAAUUUUACGUCUUGUUGUUUUUAUUUUCGCAAACGAAAGUCUACCGCCCUGCAUGUGUGAGUGGUGAUCGUGUGGCGCUUGUGUUGGUGGUAAAAGUCGGCGCAGAAAAAACAACAACGAAAGCCUUCAAGAUGAGUGUGUGGAGCGAUUGCAAUGCCAAGCAGGCGGAAUUCGGCAUUGCCAAGUGCAAUUUCGACCAGGAGACAAAGCCACAUCGUCUCAAUCUGGAUGUAGGUGAUGCUGUUAUAAUACUCAAGGAGACCACCCACUGGUAUUACGGCUACAGGCAAAAAGCCAAGGAAACACGCGGCAUAUUUCCCAAGAGCUAUAUACAUUUGUGCGAAUACAAUAUCGUGAAUGGGGAGUACUGCAUCCAGCGAACGGAUAUUGUCGAGGAGAUCACCAAAGUUCUCCUCGAGUGGGGCUCCAUAGCCAAAAAUUACUUUCUGACCACUAAUCCCAGCUUUCCGAAGAUUCGGCGAAAGAUGAACGAGCUUAAUAAUAAUCGAGCAGCCCUGAUCUCCGGCAAUCUUCCACUGGACGAGGUGCGCAAGGUGAAGCUGCUGGCCACCAACCAGAUCGAUACUGGCAACAAGCUCCUCGGUCUGGACAUGGUGGUGCGCGACGAGAGCGGCGACAUUCUGGACACCAAUGCCAUUUGCACCACAGAGCUCUACGAGCACCAUGUGCACGCCAUUCAGCGCAUCGACAAGGCCAAUCGGCUGUCCAGCGAAAAGGGAACAACACGAACCCUCAACAAGUACUCCCACAACAUCCUGCUGCACGUAAACGCCUUCGUGUGCAAGUUCCAGGAGGAUUCGGACCUGCUAUUCACACUCUUCGACGGCGAGACGCACAAGCCCAUCAGCGAGAACUAUGUGGUCAAGUGGUCGCGGACAGGGAUGGCACGCGACAUCGACCAGAUCGAUAACAACCGCGUCCUGUUCACGGAUCUCAGUAAGAGCGAUCUGGCCAUCGCCAAAAUGUACCUGGUGUGCUAUGCCAUCCGCAUCGGCUCCAUGGAGUUUAAGGAGUCUACGGACUCGAAGCGAACCAGCAUGAGCAUUGCCAACAGCAUGCUGAACGCCUCGAGUCGCAAGGCAUCCCAGCUUUCGGUGAGCUCCAGUGGUUCCUCCACGAGCAAUGGGGAAUACAUUAUCCGACGGCCGUUUGGAGUGGCUUGCAAAGACCUCACGCCCAUUAUCAACAAGUCGGAUGACUUCCGCGGCAACAUUGACCUGCCAUUCAUAAUGUGCGAGAAGGACACUUUGGAUGGGACCCUGCGCAAGCUGAUCGCCAACAAGGACAUUGGCAAGAUCGACUCCAAGAUGGCGGUAACCAUAGAGGUGCUACGCGGCGAUAUAAAGCAGAUCAAGGAGGAUUUUCCCCGACUGGUGCACACAAAUGUUCCGGUUGCCCGCAAGAUGGGUUUCCCCGAAGUUAUUCUUCCGGGAGAUGUGCGUAAUGAUUUGUAUCUUACGAUCUGCAGUGGAGAGUUUGCCCGCAUCGCCAAAACCUCGGAGAAAAACGUGGAGGUAUCGGUGUGUGUGGCCAACGAGCAAGGUUAUCUCAUGCCAGGAGUGCUGAGCAUUGGAGCCGGUCAUCAGCCAAUCGAUGAGUACAAAUCGGUGGUCUACUACCACGACGAUAAGCCCAAGUGGCAGGAGACGUUCAAGAUCCACGUGCCCAUCGAGGACUUUAAGCAAUGUCACCUGCGGUUUGUUCUCAAGCAUCGCAGCAGUAACGAGCAGAAGGAUCGCACUGAGAAGCCCUUCGGCCUGGCUUAUGUGCGUCUAAUGCAGGCCAACGGCACCACUAUUCCGCAGGGGCAACAUGUUCUUGCUGUUUACAAGAUCGAUCACAAGAAGUACGACAAAACGGUGGCCAAUUGUUAUAUGGAGCUUCCCGCCACAGUUGCUGAGUUGCAGGGCGCCAAGCCUUCGAUCAGCGGACUCACUCUGCUGCCCAAGGAUCAGCUCUCCAUUGGAGUUAAUCUGUGCAGCACGAAACUCACGCAGAGCGUGAGCUUGCUUGGACUUCUAAACUGGUCAGCACACAAGGAGACGCUGGAGCAGUCCCUGAAUGCCUUGUCUACAGUUCCCGGCGAAGAGGUGGUGAAAUUUCUGCAGGACAUCCUCGAUGCCCUGUUCAAUAUACUGGUGGAGAAUGAUAAUCCCGAGAAAUACGAUCAGCUCGUCUUUAUGAGCAUUAUACACCUGAUUGAAACCGUUUCUGAUCUAAAGUACCAACACUUCCUCACAGUUCUCGAUGUUUACAUCAACGAGAGCUUCUCUUUCACACUUGCCUACACCAAACUGAUGGAUGUGCUGCAGAAGAAUAUCAGCGAUGCAAUAACACCGAAAGAAAAGUCGGCCGAUGGCAAUGAUCUGGAGGAGAGUGUGGCGGUGCGUCGUCUGUACAAGACCACUCGUUACCUUCAUUACGUGAUGAAGUUUGUGAUCCGAUCGCGUGUUCUCUACGCCGAGAUGAAUUGUAAAACGGAAUACGUGGACUUUGCCACUCGGCUGCAAGAGCUUCUUCGCAUGUUCAUCGACAUGAUUGGCUGUCCGAGCAAUCUGCUCAAGUCGGAGGGAGCUCUUCUGAAGAAUCUGCACAUUAUAGCCACGGAUCUGAUGCAGGUCUUCGAUCAAGUGCGAUUGAGCAUAUCAAUUGUGGAGAUCUUGGAGAAAUUCCCACCCCGCCGACUCACUCAGUCGAAAAUGGGCUGCAUCAAGGACUUUGUGGAGACCAAGCUGUUCACUCUGCCGAAAUGCAGGGCCAUCCUGUUACCCGUGUUCUGUAAACACAUCAAGGAUCACCUCGAAAGCAAGGAGGAGGGAGACUCGAAAACCGAUAUCUGGCAGCAAGAAAAGAAUCUUUCGAAAGCCGCCAAAGUGCUCGGACAGAAAAAAUCCCAACUGCACACAUGUGAUACGACUGCCAACAAAAAGAUUGCCGAGUGCAUCAACAUAAUGAACAACAUUUUGAAACUGCUGUUCCGUUCGGAUGUUGGCUCCACGCACAACGACAUCCGCGACAUAAUGAUCAUCCUGUUCCGCACCGUGAUGAAGGCGGCUCACGCCUUGGACCGGGAUACGGGAUUGGUGGGCAAGUUCUUUGCCAUCAUGCUGGGAAUCCUGCAGCGCAUGGACGCCCAGCACUACGAGUACUUCGUGAAGGACUUGCAUCAGCGCGGCGAGCUGAAGCACUUCGUCAUCGAGAUCCUUUUGGUGUUCGAGGAGCUGGUGUCGCCGCACCAGAAGCCAGUGUUUCCGCGCGACUGGAUGGACAUGAUUAUGCACCAGAACACAGUGAUCCUGGGAGCCCUCAAGCACCUGACGGUGGUCAUAACGGACUACUUCCUCUGUCCCUUCGAGAAGCAGAUCUGGUCCAACUUCUUCCAGUGCUCCAUCGCCUUCCUCGUUCAGUCGCCACUCCAGUUGAAUGAUUUCAACGACAAGAAACGACAGAUUGUGUUUGCCCGGUAUCGCGACAUUCGGAAGGACACGGCCAUGGAGAUCCGGAAGAUGUGGUUCCAGCUGGGCCAGCACAAGCCGAAGUUCGUGCCGCAGCUGGUGGAGCCCAUCCUGGAGAUGAGCAUGAUACCGGAGCGGGAGCUGCGCCAGGAGACCAUUCCCAUCUUCUUCGACAUGAUGCAGUGCGAGUACUACAGCUCGCGUUUGGAGCUGGAAAGCUAUGGCGACACCAAGUUCAACAAUGCCCACCACAAGGGCAACUUCUCCGACUUCAAGACGGCGAUGAUCGAGAAGCUGGACAUCCUGAUCGGAGCCGGCAAGGGUGAUGCCGAGUACAAGCAUCUGUUCGAGACAAUCAUGCUGGAACGCUGCGCGGCACACAACACACUGAAUGUGGACGGAACCGCCUUUGUGGAGAUGGUAACGCGGCUGAUGGACAAGCUGCUGGAGUAUCGCUUCAUUAUCCAGGACGAGAGCAAGGAGAACCGCAUGGCGUGCACCUUCUCGCUGCUGCAGUUCUACUCGGAGGUGGAUCUCAAGGAGAUGUACAUCCGGUAUGUCUACAAACUGUGCGCCCUGCACAUGGAGUUCGAGAACUACACGGAGGCGGCCUUCACGCUCAAGUUGCACACGGAGCUGCUCCGCUGGACGGACACGGAGCUGUCGCCGCAGUUGCGCAGCUAUCGGCACAGUUCGUGCCGCACCCACCGCCAGCUGAAGGAGGCCCUGUACUUCGAGAUCAUGGAGUACUUCGACAAGGGCAAGCAGUGGGAGUGCGCCAUCGACAUGUGCCGCGUUUUGGCUCGCCAAUACGAGGAGGAGAUCUUCGACUAUCUCAAGCUGGCGGAGCUCCUCAAUCGGAUGGCCAUGUUCUACGAGAAGAUCAUCAAGGAGCUGCGCCACAACUCGGAGUACUUCCGCGUGUGCUUCUAUGGCCGGGGAUUCCCGAGAUUCCUGCAGAACCGCGUCUACAUCUUCCGUGGAAAGGAGUACGAGCGGCACAGCGACUUUUGCGCCCGCAUGCUCGUCCAGCAUCCGCAGGCGGAGCUCAUGCAAACGCUGGAGGCUCCGGGGGAGGAUAUAACCAACAGCGACGGCCAGUACAUCCAGGUGAACAAGGUGGAGCCAAUAAUGGGUCAGGAGUUCAACAAGUUCAACGAGAAGAUCAUUAACAACGAGAUUGUCAAGUACUUCACCGCCAACAAUGUGCAGAAGUUCCAGUUCUCGCGUCCAUUCCGGGACAGUCUGGGUGGCGGAGACAGGGACGAUGUGCGCAAUCUCUGGCUGGAGCGCACCGAGCUGCUCAUCCGUUUCCCGCUGCCAGGCAUCCUGCGCUGGUUCCCCGUCGUCGACACAAACACUUUCAAGAUUUCACCUUUGGCACGGGCGGUGGAGAUCAUGAAGGACACGAACCGAGAUAUUCGACAGCUGGUGAUCCUGCACAAGAGCGACGAGAGUCUGCACAUCAAUCCACUGAGCAUGAAACUCAACGGCAUUGUGGAUCCGGCGGUGAUGGGUGGCUUUGCCAAGUACGAGGAGGCCUUCCUCACCGACGAAUAUCUAGAGCAGAAUCCCGACGACAAGGAGUUGGUGGAGGAGCUCAAGGAACUGAUUGCCAAUCAGAUUCCCUUGCUGGAAAUAGCCAUUCAGCUUCAUCGCAUGCGAGCGCCGGAUAGUCUGAAAGCUCUGCAGGAGCACCUGGAAGGCUGUUUCGCUGACAUGCAGCAGCACGUGGAGCUGCGCUACGGUCGCAAGUCCUGUGACCUCAAAAUCGAACGAGAUUCGGUCGUGAUGCGCAGGCCAAACACUUUAAUGUCACCACUUUUCGAUGUGGGCAACAAUCGCAACUCGGAAACCAGCAUGGGAUCUUCAGAUAGCGGCCUGUCGAAGUCAACGUUUCUGCCGCGGCCACAGACCAACUCCAUUAAGAACACCCUGGCGAGCUUGAGUUUCAACACUAGACCCAGUUUGGGACACUCGCCGAGCAUCAAGAGCAACAAGAACAAGGAUAAGACUCCGGGAAAGCGUAGAAAUAAGGAUGGAAAGGUUAAGGAGCGCGAGGCCCAUAGCCUGUCCAGCAGUCAGUGGUACACACCACCAUUAUCCACCAUAACUUCAACGCCCGAAAAGGAGAUCAAUACAUCCAUAGCUUCGCUAGCCAGUACUUCCAAUAGUUCUUUGAGUGGUCCCAAGACGCCCGAUCCUCAUGUCCUAACAGAAGAGCUCACACCCAAGCGACCUCUGCGUUCGGAAAUGGAGAAAGAACGACGUCUUUCGCGACCGGCCAGCAUUGCCACUCCUACGACGACCAUCAAGAAUUUCCCCGACACACGCUCCUUGUCCGAAAGCAGCAAUCGCAACUCUGUUGAAACCACGGAUUCCACAUCGGAGGAGGACAUUCGACCGCCACCUUUGCCCGCCAAAGCCAGGGACUCCACCGAUUUCACCAGCCUGUCGCAGAACAUGGACUGGAUGCCGAAUGGUUACUCGCUGCUCAGCUCAAUUAGCAACACGAGCAGCAGCAGCAUGAGCACCACGUCGACACUGACGAAGACCAGUAUUACCAAUACAACGUACGAGUAUUUGGAGACCACGAACUUCAGUUUGGUGGGUGCCGUCGAUGGAAACAAGCCGCGUCCACCGACGCCGCCACCGAAGCCAUCGCGCCACAGCAAACACAUUCCAUAGGAUAGCAGGGGCUUGGCAUUCUGAACCCCCAAAAGCUUCCAGUGCAGCGCCAUAUAUGUUCAAACGUUGUCGAGUGCCAAAUAUUCUUGUUACUACAUGUAUAGCCGGCAAUCGAGCCUGUACACCCGCAGCCACGAAAACAGCAACGACCUUUGCCUCAACCUAACGACCGCCUACCAAAUCAAGUGUCUUAACAAACGAUCGCAUUAGCCUGUAGCAUUCAGAUUCCCGAUAACUAUGUUUAAGUUUUUGGUUACGUUUAAAUGAUAUUAUGUUGAACAUGUCAUUUUCGUUUAGUUAAGAAUUAUGUCGUGUAAUUUGUGUCCAAACAGACCCAACUGCUUGUCUUCCACAAGUACUAAUUAAUGUUGUACACACAUUCGUUGUACUUUUAGAUGUUAAUGAUUAGAUGUAAAUCAGCAAAUCGAAAACUUUGUACGUCUCUUAUGCAAACAAGUGCCACAGUCUAUACGCAAUAUCAAUUAACACUUAAACCCUACGACGAUCUUCGAUUUUAGCACAAAUUUACGAACAAGUCAAUUACGAAAUAAUAAUGAGAAAUGAAAUCUUUUAUGCUACAAUUUUAGAACAUUUUUUUGAAGAACGCUACUAUUUACACUGUUUUUGAUACGAUUCAGUAUAGCCAUAACGUAGAGCAACUUAAUGUUGAGAUUUACUUGUUAAGCUUAUAUAUAAACUAUAUAUGAACAACUUUUUACACUGAAACCAUACGGCACAACUAUUUUACUGAACCGGAGUAUACAUUUUAGUUGUAAAUUCAUUGUUUAAUUUGUAUCUUAAUGGAUUCUGUGUAAUUUUCGAUCUGUGUAUCGGCCAAAGAUUAAGCAAUAAUAAAAUACGAUUAAGCAUGUACGAACCAAGAA